UGAAACGAGAAAGCCUCGCGAGCGCAGCGGUUCCGAGCGACGUGGCGACUCAGAAUCGGCGUGUAAGGAUGGACCCAGUCCUCGCGCGCACAGAGAGAGCAGGGCACAGCUUUAAGUUUGAGCAGUGUGUCAGCGUGUAUGGGUGUGAGCGCUUUUUGGUGUGAGGGAGCGCUGCACAGCUGCUGCAAGUUUGGAAAACUUGUAAAACGUCUGACUUGUGUAUUGUGAAUGACCCUUUAGAGAGAGAAAUCAGGGUGUGUGCACUGUGUUUGUUUGUGUAUCUGCUGGACUCUGUGAGCAGGUCCAUGGGUCACUGCAGAGUGGGGCUGUGAUAUGGAGUGUUAUGAUGUGGCAAUGUGUGUUCAUUCGUGCGCACAGGACAGGAACCUCUGCUGAUCUGAAAUGAUGAUCACAGCUUUAUGCUUUAGUGGACGCUGUUAAAGAAAGAUCUUUCAAGUGCGUAUGUUAUUAGAAAUGAAUGGAUCAAGUUGUGGCUGUAAAAGUAUUUUUUCCGCUCUCAGUUACUGUGGCUGGCUUCAACACUGAGCAUAUAAUGGAUCCCCGAGGGCAGGACUGGAAUGAACAGUGGACACAGAACCAGCUCUCUGAUCACAGAGCCAGAGAUGAGCAAUACAGGUUCCAUUACACAGGAAAACGAGGCCAUUACCCUCCCGCAAAUAUAAGGGAGAGCGAGAGACAGUGGUAUGCUCCAGAUCCACGUUACAUGUACUACAUGAGUGGUCCUCCUCCUGCAGAGUCAGCAUACAGCAACCAAACCUAUACACCUGACCGAACUCGAUCACAAUCCAGGCAGGGAUACGAUUAUCCUCCUCAGGGCUACUGGGACUACAGGAAUGACUACAGCUAUUAUGACCAUGGCUACUACAGAGGACAUUAUGGAUAUCCAGCAGCCUCAGAUGCCAGUGGAUGGCCAGUGCAGGGAUGGAGGACAGAGGGGCAUCAGGAGUGGUCAGGAGCCACAUACACACCUCAGCACGGGUAUGAGCCAAGAAGAGACAGUGGACAGUAUGACGGUGGUAUAUCUGUGAGAGAAAGCAUGGAUACCAGGAAUGAAGCUGGAGAGGUAUCUGAACCUGGAGGCCUGGCCAGCUCUAAAACCUCUGGCUUGUCGUCGAGCACGUACGAACUCAGCCAGUACAUGAAUGGAGAGGAGCAGAGCAAUGCUCCACCUCCAGCACACUCAGAGCCUGAGUCCAAGUCAAUGGUUCCGCUGAAGUUCAGUGUUCCUCAUGUGGCUUUGAGCUUUGGGCCUGCAGGGCAGCUGGUGAGAGUCACUCCAGCUUUGCCAUCUCAUGGGGAACCUGCUCAGGUGGAGGUCCACAGCCUGGAGGUUAUACUAAGUCAUACGCAUGAGCAGAAUGACAUGAGAGGCUUUCCUGGACCACUGGCGAGGGAGGAUCUGCAUAAGGUGGAUGUCAUUAACUUUGCCCUACAGAUGGCUGAUUCUUGUCUGAAGGAUGAAACCACACUUAAGGCUCCCUCUGCCUCCCUCCUGUGGCAUCUCCUGGUACUGCUGUGUAGACAGAACGGGAGAAUCGUCGGUUCUGAUAUUGCAGAACUCCUGCUUCGAGGAAGACACAUCGUAGGAGCGUGUGAUGGAGAUGGCGAGCAGUCAGAUGUGGGCAGCCUCAUCGAUCUGAAUGAAACUCCAAAAUCGGAGAUGGAUAGCUUUAACGCUUCGGAUCUCCUAACCGGAAACCCGCUCAGUAGUGAAGAAACUUCAGAGCAAAACAUCCAGAACUACACCAAACUCCUGCUGGCUGGAAGAAAGAAGGAAGCGCUGGAGUCAGCCAUGACAAGUGGCUUAUGGGGUCAUGCUCUGUUUCUGGCCAGCAAGAUGGACAGUAGGGCCUACAGCACUGUACUGAGUAGGUUUACAGCGAGUCUAUCUUCUAGUGAUCCACUCCAAACCCUUUUCCAGUUCCUUUCUGGGAGGAUUCCAGCUGUUGCCACGUCCUAUAGUAAGGAGAAGUGGGGUGAUUGGAGGCCUCACCUUGCUGUUAUGUUGUCCAACGAAACUGGAGAUUCUGCAUUGCACUGCAGGUCUAUCAUAAACUUGGGUGACGUACUAGCUUCCAGAGGCCUGCUGCAUGCAGCUCACAUCUGCUACCUCAUGGCUCACACACCCUUCGGCUGGUACACAAACAAAGCACAGCAUCUGGUGCUACUCAGCAGCAAUCAUAAUGCUUCAUUUGCUGACUUCUGUCAUAAUUCAGCCAUUCGUUGCACUGAGGUGUUUGAAUACUGCCAGAGAUUGUCAAACCCGUCCUUCGCCAUCCCUUCUUUUCUGGUGUAUAAGUUUGUGUAUGCGUGUCGAUUGCUGGAUUGCGGACUGUUCUCACAGGCCUUCCAUUACUGUGAGCUUGUAGCCAAAGCUCUACUCGCUAUACAAGAGCCACACAUCAUACUGCUCCAUGAAGUUAUCAAGAUGGUGGACAGGCUUAAACAUUCUGAAACACAGAUCAGUGAGACAGGCGCUGAUCCAGACUGGCUGUCUCACCUUCGGCAGCGUCUACAGGACCUGCAGAUGGGAGACUCAGGCAGUAAUGGUUUCUACGUCUCAGCUGCAAAAGCCACUGCUUGGAACCGAGAGGAGAAGAGGGAGUGUGCAGAUCUUAACCAAGAUGAACUUUCCACCAGUGAGAUGAUCCACACUACACUUACUGAUGACAAUCAUAAUGAUUCAGGAAAUGUGCAUUCCAAUCAGUUUCUGUCUGCAGCACAUCCCCAGUCCUCCUACCCCUCAGAAGAGCAGUCUUACUCCACUUACUCCCCAGCAGAACACUCCUACCCCUGCUACCCCUCAGAGGAACAAUCGUACAUGCCAGAAACCCAAACAUGUGUUGCUGAAGAGCAGCCUCCUCAAAUCUAUGCUCCAAUUCCCAUGUAUUCCCAUCAGAAUCUGGUAUCUUCUGAACUCCCACCAAUUCCUGCAGUUCAGGAUAGUGUUAGUCACCCUAACACAUCAUACCAUCAGACGGAAUCCAGUCUAGAUCCAAGGAGUCACAGUAACACAGAUGGUGAUUUCUCCGCUGGUAAAAACAUGAUGGGAGGCCCUCAAAAUGGAACAGCUCUGGGUAGUGCUGAUCUGAGCAUGGAACCCGCUGCCCAGGCUAAUACAAACGAAACAAAUACUCAGAAAUCAGAAAAGGAAUCAAAGUCAGGAUGGUUUAGUGGAUGGUUCAGGUCAAAGACAAGAGAAACUCCAGAGGAACAGUAUGAACAAACCAAACCUGCUUUCAUGGAGUCAACACCCAUUCCUACCUUCCCUGCUCCACCAAAGGUCUCUUCCACCAUGCUGCCGUCACAGACCCAAGCUGCUGGCAUCAAUCCUUUUUCUAAGAGAGCUGGUCUAAAGCCAGGUGCAGCUUUGGGCCAGGGUCCCUAAUACAGCUGGGCACAUUGGGGCUGUUCUAUUCAUAAGAGGCUUACAGGUGGGGCCAACCUGCUGAGUCUGGAUCACAACAUCUCAGGAUUAGAUUUUGAUCAAGCAGAAACCCAAAGAACCCCUUAAUGACCGGGAAAACAUGGUCAUCACUUCAUAUUUUUUAAGAGGUACACAAAUGAAUAAUUUGCACUAUUUGAGAUUACAUUAGAAACCUGCAUUAGUGCGUUUGAGACAAAAGGGCUUAGACUUUGUUGUCUUUCACUGAAGAAAUGAAACGACUGAGAGCUGGAGCUAAUAGUAAGGACGUGUUUCAGCUGUGAUGUUGGACCAGAUUUGAAAUAUCACAACAGCUUUGGCUUUGUCCUGUGAGCUCUUUUUUUAAUGAUUAUGCAACAGAUUUCAGGAAAGCACAAAACUGGGCAACAAGUACAUGAUGCAAGUCUCAGGUUUAUGAUGCAAGAGAAGCCAAACUCCUUAUAGUAGCUGCCUCACUAGAUUUCCAUGAUAUUGUGUAGUGAUGGGAACAAAACGCAAAUCUGUCACAUUUCAAGCGUUUUGUAUUUGAAAAUAUGUUUAUCACGUUAAUUAUACUUUUCAUUUUGAAGCGAUGAUGCAAUUUGCACACUUUUGAAGCAACUGAUCAAAUAUUUAAUUCAUUUAGAAGAGAACAAGUUCCAGAUGGUGAUUGUAAAUGGUUCAGAAGUAUUUUUUUUUUAUAGUAUCUUCAACUUUUUCAUAUCUAUGAUGACCAAAAAUGGACUUAACCGAACGCUUCUGUUCAUUUUUGAACACUGUCCUGUUUAGGUUGGGAAGCUCACAUUCUGUAGCAUGCGUUUGGAAAGGAAUCCUGGUUUUUGUGUGUGGGGUUCAGUUGGGAUUUAAGAAGUGUGAAAAACCUACUUCCUUUAUAGGUGCCUAUAUAUUGUACACUGAAAAGGGUUCUCAUAUAUCAGUAUUCACUCUAUAAGGGCUUCUUGACCUUCAAUAACCACAGUUAUGUGGGUAGUUUUUGGUUUUCUAGAUUUUGAGGUUUAGGAUCAGAUUAUAUAAAAAUACCCUUUCUGGCAAAUAUAUAUUAAGAAUAAAACACAUAGCAGUUAAUAAAUGCUGUGACUGAAGAAAGAAAUCCGUUUUGCAGUUCUGAAAUGAAUUCAGUGUAAAGCAGUAUGAAAUGUAGAACAUCGUAAUUUUUGUCUCUCUUUUAUGUCGCCUCUACAAAACUGCAUAAUAAUUACAAAGUGAUGGUCAGUUGUUCAGUUUGUGGCUAUAUCUUAAAAAGAUGUUCAUAGUUUUGUAAAUAAUGUUUUGCUCACUGAGCAUAUCCAACUAAGAGUUUAUUAAACGUAUCCAAUUACUAUUUGCAUGAUCAGAAUAUGUUGGAUUGACUGUGUGUUUAUUUGAUACUGUAUAUUCUCUUGCAGUAAGACAAUUUAUAUAUGUGACUCAGUCCUUGGCCUUGAAUAAUGGGAGAAAAUAAAAUGAAACGUCCUCAUGUUAUGGGCCUUAUGCUGGUACUAUAUUGAGAGAACCUCCUUGAGUAACUAUGAGCAUAAUUUACAUUCCUCAAGGAAUUUUCCAAUUAGGACAACAGAAUUACACGAGAUGGAUGGUGGCUCCUUUUACCAUGAGUUGGCAGAGCGGGAUUUAGCUGGGACCAAGCGUCAGAGAGAGAGACAGACAGAGACAGAUACAGAGAGAGAGAGGGAAUGAAUGAAUGAAUUAAAGUAGUCUGUUGACAGAAGGGCCUUCUUUCACUUUAUGCUGCACAGUUAAACCUAAUUAAAAGGUGAAUCCACAGAUGAUUUUUUUAUUUAGCACUCAAAUGAUGUUCCUUCUGUGUAAGCUAUAUAUGCCCAGAGCAUUCAGCUGCCUUUUCUUUACCAAGCACCUUCUUGAUUUUCUACUUCUUGAUUAUAAUAAAACACUUGAAACACAAGUUUCUUAUUGUUGAGCUUUUGACAGUGUGGAUCGCAUUCAGAAAUCCAUUGUUAAUGGGAUUUGUAGUUUUCGAUUUUAUAAACUAAUAUAGUAUAACUGUGUUAUAAUUGAAAUGACUUGUGAAGUAACAGUGCCGAGGUCUUUAAAAUACUAUGAAGAAUACUAGAAAUUGAUGAUAACUUUUUUUGUUAACCUUGUACAACAUAUAAAAUAUAACAAAAAAUGAUGUGUUAACAUUAUGAAUUCCUGCAAUAUACCGUACUUGGUUCAGGUUUCAUUUUAACACACUGAAACAGAGAAAUUCGAGUAACAAAAAAGGAGGAAACAAAACAUAACAGAAUAGAUAAAGGUUUAAUCAGUGUGAUGUGCAAAAUGCUUUUGAUGAAGGUUUUUCUUCAUUUCUUUUCGAUAUGUUUCUUUUCUUCUGCUUUGUAACUCAAGUGCUGGUCUUCAAACUGGCACAGAACACUCGGAUAAGGCAUUGAAAAUACCCGUCUGUAUUUUCUGAUCGUGAAUAAAUCGUGAUGACAAGACUAGAUAAAGCUGAAGUGGUCAUUGCUUUGAAUGGUAUUUUUAUAGGGAGCACUCAUGUAAACGUCAGUGAGGCGUUAACAAGUAUAGCAUACUUGACUCUUGUAAUUUUAUGUCCCUAAGCCAGUCCAAAAUGUGCGAUCAACAUAUG